GUAAACUGUUGUUUUGGUUAUGUCUUAUUAGUUAAAUUGUUAUCCCUGUAGUGUAGGACGUGGGACUUGUAAUUGUUAUAAUUUAUUGUUAUUGUUUACUAAGUUAAACUUAAUUAAGCCUCGGAUUUGGAAAAUAAAAUGCUACGCUUUCUAAGCCGAAAGAAAGGUAGAAAUGGCCAAAAAACGUCGACACAUUACAAAUCGGAACAUCAUCGAAUGUUGGGAAGUAACAAAAAUGUUCAGUGUAAAGUUUUAUUAUUAGAUGGUACAGAUUUAUCUAUUGAUUUAUCGAAAAAAGCAAUUGGUAGUGAUCUUUAUGAACAAGUAUUUUAUUCAUUGGAUCUCAUUGAAAAGGAUUAUUUUGGAUUACAGUACACAGAUGCAAACAAUGUUCAGCAUUGGCUUGAUCCCACCAAGGCUAUUAAGAAACAAGUUAAAAUUGGACCACCUUUUACUUUAAGAUUACGUGUUAAGUUUUACUCUUCAGAACCAAACAGCUUACGAGAAGAAUUGACAAGAUAUCAAUUCUUUCUCCAACUUAAGCAAGACAUUUUGGAUGGGAAACUUGAGUGUCCUGAAAACAUUGCAGUUGAAUUAGCUGCUUUAGCAUUGCAAUCUGAACUUGGUGAUUAUGAAGAAGCAUACCACACUCCUGCAUUCAUUUCUGAAUUCAGAUUUGUACCAAAUCAGACAGAAGAAAUGGAAUUAUUGAUUUUGGAAGAAUUUCAGAAGUGCAGAGGACUUACUCCGGCACAAGCUGAAACAAAUUAUCUAAACAAAGUAAAAUGGCUGGAAAUGUAUGGUGUUGACAAUCACAUUGUUUUGGGUAAAGAUGGCUGUGAAUAUUCGCUUGGGCUUACCCCUACUGGAAUAUUAGUAUUUGAAGGAACCCAAAAGAUUGGGUUAUUUUUUUGGCCUAAAAUUGGUAAGCUAGAUUUCAAGAAGAAGAAAUUGACUUUAGUAGUAGUUGAAGAUGAUGAUAUGGGUCGUGAACAAGAACACACCUUUGUUUUUAGAUUGCAUAAUGAAAAAGCUUGCAAACACCUUUGGAAAUGUGCAGUUGAGCAUCACGCUUUCUUCAGGUUAAGAGCUCCAGUUAAAGGCCCUUCUGCUAGGCAGAAUUUUUUUAGAAUGGGCUCUAGGUUUAGAUACAGUGGCAAAACCGAAUUCCAAACUACCCAACUGAACAGAGCAAGAAGGAGCGUUCAGUUCGAAAGGAAGCCAAGUCAACGUUACGCUCGAAGACAGUCCCAUGUCUACCGAGAAAAAAACAAAAAUGAAAACAAAUCUCAGUCAGUUGAAGCAGAAGUCUCUUCCACCAGCCCUGCUAGUAGUGUCGCUUCCCAUUCAGUCGGUCCGGUUGCUGAAGAGAGGCUCGAUGUUCUCAUCAAAAGUCUGGUGAAGGACUCGACAAAUAGUGAUGACAAAAAUGAUUCGAGUUCUAUAGUAAGCAACAAAACUGAUACUGACACUGUAAUAUCAGUGGACAGUAGCGGUGUUCCAAACAACAAGACCGUGAUUCCAACAGCCAUGCCACGCCCAAUUCCGCCUCAUCAACUUAAGUGCAAUAUUCUUAAAGCUAAAGCAGAAGAAGAGAUGAGGAAGUCGCCCUUGCCUACUGUGAUAGAAACCCCCACCCAAGAACAGCCACCUACGUCACUCCUGGACCUCAGCAUCGAGGACCUGCCUGGUGAAUUAAAAAACCAGCAACUUAAUAGCUUAGAGCAGGCCACGUUUGUUUCUGUUGGAGGUGAUAAGCUGACUCUAUCCCUGAGUCCGAUUCCAAUGAAAUCCCCUUCUUCGCCGACUUCUCCAGUUCCGACAAGCCCUCCAGUCGGUCCAGUUUCUUCUUCCAACACUCCUGUCACAGUAACACACUUUUCCUGGGGAGACGCUGGUCAGAUAGAACAGCGUACCCUCACCAAUCCAUUUCUUUCUUCCACUAAUCCUUUCCUCAACAACCCUUUUGUCGGUGAUGAUGACAAACAAAAGAUCGAGAAAGAGCAGGAAGAACUGGAGACAGUAAAGGAAGAGAAGGAAGUUUUGAAGCAGCAGCCUUUGGUAAAGGAACAGUUGAAUUCUGCGAAGGUUUCGAUAACAUCGCUGAGCCAACUGUCUCCUUGGCUCGUGAACUGCGAGCCGACGUCUCCUGUGAAAACCACGCCCACUAUCAUUAAAACUGUCAUAACAACUCAGCUUUAAUAUUUAUUUACGAUAUUUAUUUAGUUUACUUGUCAAUCGUGCGCCAUUCCAUAUUGUAGAAAUUAUUAUUGUGUAUUUCUAAACCAUCGAUUUAAAACUCAGAGAAAUUUAGCUUAUGUGAUUUAUACAGAGUUAAAUGUAUACUUUCUGGUGCAAUUUCUAUUUUCAGGGUGAAGCUAUAACAGUAUUUCAGUAAUUUUACUAUAUAGAUUAAUUAAUUAGUGAUAAAAGAAUUAUAAAGUGCCUUUACUUUUUGUUUAUGUUAUUUAAACAUUGUUGUAUUUCAUUCCUACUAUAAAGGAAGUAAAUAUAUUUUUUAGACAUUCCACAAAAUAUUACUGUAACGAACCAUGAUGAAUUUAUGACAGAUUUAAAACUGACAAAUAAUUAAUUAUACUUUUUAUAAGUAUUAAGUACAGUAAAACUCCACGAUACAUAAAAUAUAAAUUUUAUGGUGUAGAUUACAAUAAUUUAUAUAACAGGACAAUUAUUGAAAAAAUUAAUUAAU